UCCGAGCUUGCCCGACGUUCAGGUCUCUCCCUGGAUCAAUUUGUACGGGUCUAUCGCAAUCAGACCUCGGACGACCCCAGGCCCACCAAGGAUCUAUUCAAGCUGCGCCUGCCAGCAGAUCCCAGUCUACGAGAUCUGAAGAGGCGAUGGAAUUCGGUCGGUCGUGAUGGCGUCCAGCCAAUGUGGAAAAACAGCAAGCCCCAGACACAGCAGACCCGACAAUCAAACCACCAGUCCAUGGCGAAUCACCAGCAGGACGUGCUCCACCACAUCAUCAAAGGUCAACGCGACGGGCGAUAUCUGGUGGUCGAAGCAGACCUACUGGAUCGCUGGACCAAUAUCUUCCUCAGUCCGAUAGGAACGGUGGAGAAGUCGGGUGCGGCGAAUCGAGUCAUUAACGACUACUCUUUCCCGGACGGAGCCUCAGUGAAUGAAUUUACCGAUCGGAGUAAUUUUCCCGUGAUCACUUACGACCCACCACGCGAGAUCGCGCGACGCAUAUUCGAGCGCAGACGGCGGUUCCCUGGUCACCCAAUUCUGAUGAUGCUCGGAGACGUAUGGGGCGCAUUUCGCCACAUUCCAGUCCAGGCUGAGCAUGUCCACAUGUUCACCUUUCGGUUCGAGAACUACAUCGUGGUGGAUCUCUCGUGCGGCUUUGGAUGGUGCGGGUCUCCGGCAUUUUAUUCUCUAGCUGGUUCUCUGAUCAACAAUCUGUAUGAAUCGCAGAAGCCAUGCCUCGGACUCUCCCCGCUCGACCCCGGCGCAUGUGAAGGAAACGUGUGGUGCGAUGACCACACGUGCGCCCUGGGCUUAAUGUGGGAUACACAUGACGGCUCCGUAUCUGUGCCCACAGAGAAAAUCUCAGAAGCUCGAAGGCAAGUCAUGAAUAUCCUCGAGGCCACGUGCGGCACGUUAUCAGUCCUGAACAAGCUGCUGGGGAAGCUCCGAUACGUGUCAUCUUGUUUCCCGCCAGCACGAGCCUUUUAUCAGAAUAUCCAAGUCUUCGCAGUAGGAUUCAAGUCCCCGAGGAUGCGGCGUAUCCCUCCAGACGUGAGAGAAGAUUUACGAUGGUUUUCACUGGUUCUUACGAUGGACACGAAGUUCAACUCCAUUCCCGUCGAACAUUUUGCCAGGCUGGAGCCUCCGUCCCGGCACGUCUGGAUGGGUGCAUCAGACACAGGUGUCUGUGUCCUAGAACCUCAGCUACGCCAGUUCAUCCGCCUGAAAUUCAGCGAGGCGGAAAAAGCGGUGUUCGCGACGUCAAAACAAGCAAACUCCAUCAACGUACGGGAGCUAAUGAGCGCGGUCCUGGCAAUACUGCAUUGGGGACCGGCAUGGGCAGCGACUGGGCGAGAUCGAACACACAUCUGCAUGUGGAUCGACAACACCAGCGCGGUGGCAUGGUUGGCAAAGCGAUCGAGUCGUCAUCCGACGGUUCGACUAUACAAUCGACUUAUUUCGGUGUCAGAGUUCCGCUAUUCCUUGACGUGCUCGGCAGCACACAUCGCGGGGGAGGAGAACGUCAUGGCCGACGCCGGAUCCAGGGCAUGGUGCGAGGAUCAUCCUUUGUAUGCCGUGUGGACUAACUUAUCCGAUGCAUGGACACAGGUUCAAACCGUUCCGCCAUUCGACAAUCUAUCGAGUCUCUGGGCAACAUUA